AUGCCAGGGAAGAUUUUCCCUCACGGGCCCUAUGCACUCGCCCUAUGCUCCAGCAGUGACCCUCACGGGCCUCUCACCCAUGCUGCUUCCCUGCGUUACACUCUCUGUUCCUGUCUGCCCAUCCUUCCCUCGCAUAAUCACCAGGUGUACUAUGAGAAGAACUACCUGGACCUGCCGGGGAAGAUCUUGCAGCAGUGGAGCUACCUGUGGGCGGACAACUACACCACUGCCCCUUACAUUGCAAUUAUUGAUGAUGAUGUGGUGUUCAACCUCAAGCCGUGCAGCAGUGGAGCUACCUACCUGUGGGCCGACAACUACACCACUGCGCCAUACAUUGCCAUCAUAGACGACGACGUGGUCUUUAACCUCAAGGUAAGUGCGUGUGCGCGCAAGUGUGUGCGAGUGUGUGAGUCGCCUUCAGUCUUCAUUGCCAAUGCGUGCACGCAGCGUUCUGGAGCAGUGGAGCUACCCCUGGGUGGGCCGACAACUACACCACUGCGCCAUACAUUGCCAUCAUAG